AGGUUUGUCUCACAAUUCUGUUGCAGUGAGAGCUGAAGGCAGGAGAAGGGUUAAAUGACUUUGUUUUGAUUUGAUGCAUUGUGUUCUGACCCCACCCCUGGGCUCUGUGGCACCAUUGGGGUUCUGGGGUGUUAUAAAAAGGCCUUUGAGCCCCCUCUGCUCUGAUAUAGAGGCUGAAUGUCUGCAGGACAUGCUUGACGUUUGUUUAUUCAUGUUCCUUGACUGAAAACCAGCGUGGCUGACAUAUAGAUGCACAGAGACCGGCGUUCUGCUCCACUCAGGAGCUUUCUAUGACAGAGUUUUAGAUUUGUUGAGCAGCUUUCAUGUUUUUACAUUAGUUUAUGUUAUUUGCUUUGUAGAAAAAGUCAUUUUAGUGGGGAAAGAUCUCCUCCUUCUAGUUGGUACCUUCUUUUUUUCUGUCCAUUUUUUAUCCCUCCACUGUGUAAAAGUUGACCUCGUGCCACAAUGUGGGAGUUCAGGUCAAUGUCCUUCUGGCGGGCAGUGUUUGCGGAGUUCUACGGCACCAUGUUCUUUGUAUUCUUUGGGCUGGGGGCAGCUCUCCGCUGGACCACAGGGCCCCAUAACGUUCUUCAUGUCGCCUUUUGCUUUGGGCUGGCUGCCGCCACCUUCAUCCAGUCCAUCGGUCACAUCAGCGGCGGACACAUCAACCCGGCGGUGACCUUUGCCUAUCUGAUCGGAUCGCAGAUGUCCCUCUUCCGUGCUUUCUUCUACAUUGUGGCCCAGUGUCUGGGUGCACUGGCUGGUGCUGCCGUGCUGUACGGGGUCACGCCGAACAACAUGAGGGGGAACCUGGCGCUGAACACACUGCAGCCAGGUGUCAGCCUGGGUAUGGCCACAACGAUAGAGAUUUUUCUGACCCUCCAGCUGGUCGUCUGCAUCUUCGCUGUAACAGAUGAGAGGCGCAACGGGCGCCUCGGAUCAGCAGCUCUGGCAAUUGGCUUCUCUGUACUUAUAGGGCAUCUUCUUGGGAUGUACUACACUGGAGCUGGAAUGAACCCGGCCAGGUCUUUCGCCCCUGCCGUUCUGAUCAGGAAUUUUGUCAACCACUGGGUGUACUGGGUGGGACCGAUGAUUGGUGGUGCUAUGGGGGCCCUGCUGUAUGACUUUUUGCUGUUCCCACGUAUGCGUGGGCUCGCUGAGAGGCUCGCCACACUGAAGGGUACCCGACCCCCAGAGCCCGAGGGCCAGCAGGAGACCAGAGGAGAACCCAUUGAGCUCAAAACCCAGGCUCUAUAAGCCCACAGGAGGUUUUCUGACCCCCCAUUCUGCACCCAUCAUCUCCCAUCCUGCACCCUCAGUUCUUCACCCAUCCUCACAGUUUUCACACACCCCCUCCUCACACUAACACAGAUCUCCAGCAUCUUAACUCCUCUACUUUUAUCUGGACCUGCAGUAAUGGGAUGCCCACAGCCCUAGACCAUCUUUCUUUAAGCUCCUCUUUACCCAACCAGGAAAUGGAGGAUGAAAUCGGAGGGUUAGAAGAAACUUGCCACUGAGGGAUGCAUGCUGGGAACUGUGACGGGGGAGUCAAUCACUGACCAGGUGGCUAGAACUGUACAGGACAGGGGCCAAUACUCCUAUCGCUCCUUCCCUUUAUCUUUCUCUUUAUGUUUUUUUUCUUUCCAUUUUGUAGUCUGCUAGGAGUGAAGCUACAUUAGAGCAGUGGACUUCUGCAUGCUUUUCCAUUUUGAUCCCGUGUGAUCUCUCCAACUUUCUUUGUGUUCCAUGACCUCUGGGUACAUUUCGUGUGUCGGUUUUGUAUUUGACAGGGAUUCAUUUAGCUUGUAUCUUUUUCUUUAGAUUUAAGUGAGCAUGCAUGCGUGUGUGAUGGAGAGUGAGAGCAGAUGAGUGUGCCUGCAUGUCUGCGCGGCUGGGCGACUGGAUGCUUUUUUUAAAAUUGAUUAUUUUUAAAUUUCAUCACCACAAUCUUUUGUUUUUACUUUUUGUUUUUAGUUAUUUUGCAAGCUUCUUUAGUAAACUAUUCUCAUGUGUUCUAAACUCACUGAACGUGUAAAAGCUCAAUGCAAAAAAGAAAAAAAAAACUGUUUUUAUGUUUGAAAUAAGCCCACUUUUGUUUCAAUGGGACAUAAUUAUACUGUCACAUACUAAUACCAGGUCAAGAUCCCUUCAUGCCAGUUUUGAACGCACUACUGCUUGGCUUCUUUCAGAGUGUAGUUUAGUUUUUCAAUGCAAAAAUGCAAGAUAGAGGUGACAAAAUGGAAAGGACAUCUCACCUCUGGACUUAGGGCUCUAAAUGACCACUUGUGCUAAAUUUGUCUCUUUUUCUGUUGCGAUCUUUACAUAAAUCAAAAGAAAUUUCCCUUCUCGUCUCUGUGUUCACAAUAUCUGUUCAGUAUGUCCUUCUUUUGUGCCCUCCAACUGAAAUCCUCCAGUAAAAGCUGCUUGCAGAUAUGUGAGUAAUCUCACAACCUGCUGUGCAUAAGUAAAAGGCUUCACAUUUAAAAGCCUAAAUAGGCAAAUUGCGUGAAAAAAUAGGGAUUCUAGUCUAGUAAGGCCUAAAUACUUAAAUAUUUAAAAUCAGAAACACACCAGAUCCCUUCUGAGCUUGGUCUUCCCUUGCCGUUGUUGAAAGUUGUAUUAUUGCUCCCAAACCUGUUCUAUGCUUCUUUAUAAGUGGGAAAUCUGUAGUUUUUAUUCAUAUUUUGAUAACUUUUCAAGUAUUUUUGUUAGAUUAUGAUUUUGAAUAAAUUCCAACUUUCAACGCUUUAGAGCAACAGGUUCAUGUACAGGUGUGUAAUAGCCGGUUUGCUUUUCUUUCUGCGUGCCUGACAUGGAAAAAAAGAGCAAAUUCUAAAAGGUGUUAAAAGAACAAAUGUUUCCUCGCUGGAUUGUGUUGUUUGACAUGACUGAAGAGUCUCUUUACUUCAACUCAAGGUUAAAAAUAAAAGAGUGCAAAAGUUGUGGUGGCUUCUUCCUGGCAUUAGCUAACAGCGGAUGCAGUUUCCUUUUUUGUUGUUGCCUUUUUUUGCUCAAAGAUGUUUUCAAAUGCAAAAAACAUUUCCUGCUUCAAAGCUGGAGGUCAGGGCUUGGUGGCUGAAUUCCUCAGAGUGUUUCACUGCGGGGGCUGGAUGGACGUCUUUCCCAUCAGUCGACAAAUCCGAAAUCCUUUAAGGACUUGCUGGCUUUAAGCCCCCUCUCUUCUCUUUCCUGACCCUUAGGCAGCCUUGUUGAGGGAACAUUUCCCAUCUUUUGGGACAACCCAAGUAAGGUAAACAAAAACAAAAAAA